AUGGUCGUUCAAACGCGCAAGAGGAAAACGGCAGCGCUGGCGCAGCCCUCGGCCUCUACAUCGUCGGAGACGACGAAACGGCAGAAGCUGCCGGUGCGAUCAAAGGGUGAGGCGGCUCCGGCGCAGGAGGAGACGGCCUCCAAGGUGACUCUCAUCACCUUUGACGACGACGGCAAGGCAGACAAGGAAUGGAUCGCUCCGGUGCCCACCGGCAAGACUACAAGGCAGGACGUCUCGGACGAGGAAAGCGACGAUGAUGCGGGACCGGAAACGGUGUCGACGGCGAAAGCAGCGUCGGAUAUCAAAAAAUCUUCACAGGCAGCUCGCAAAGCGGCUCAAGAGGUGGCCGUGGCCGAGAAGCGGAAGCGUCAAGAGCGCGACAUGGUGCUGAAGAAACAGGCUGUGGAGCGUAAAAAGGCAGAGGAGGCAGCAGCGACGGCGGCGGUCUCGGCUGCGCUGGAAGAUCAAGACGGCGACUCCGGCGACUCCCCACCCAGGCAGCAAGCAGCUGCCGGCGGAAGGAGACGGAUCGACAAGGCCCCCAUCCCGAACCUGCUGCCGCUCGAGUUCCUCACCGACCCAUCGAGCGAUGAUUCCGACGAGGAAGGCCCCGCUGCCGACAGCGGCUCGCGGCCGAGGAAGCGAAAAGUGGCCGCCGUCGAGAAGAGUUUAUCGCGGCUGGAUAGAGGUCCCGGUGAUGAGCUGGUCGGCUUGACUGUAUUUCGCGUGGCCGCAAAGCAGGACGAGAGGAUGGCGCCGAAGCUGAAGAAGCAAUCGAGGAACACCAAGGAGAUGCUCCUCAAGAGGAAUCGGACGGCGGCGACACCCCGAGGGGGCUUCUUCACGAAGCAGUGA